CUCCCUCGUCUUCGAGAGAGAGAGAGAGAGGGGGGAGGUGGAGAGGAGGGAGGAGAGAGGUAAACCCAAAACCCUAGGGCGUCGCCGGCGGGGGAGAUGGCGGUGAACGAGGAUACCUCCGUCUACGUCGGCGGCCUGCCGUACGAGGCCAACGAGGACAUGCUCCGCGACGCCUUCGGCCGCUUCGGCACCAUCGUCUCCGUCAAGGUCAUAAAUGAUCAGAGAGUCAGAGGCAAGUGUUAUGGUUUUGUUACUUUCACUCAUGCUGAUGCUGCACAGCAUGCUAUCUCAGGGAUGGACGGCAAGAGAAUAAAUAGACGUGUUGUUAGAGUGAAUGAAGUGCGUACAAGAGGUGCUCGAGAAUUCGGUCGUGAUGGUUUUCGACGGGAACCUGGAAGGGAUGCGUAUUGGGAUAGAAGGGAUAGGGAAAGGAGCUAUGAUCGUGAGAGAGAUCCAUAUCAUGACAGGGAUAGUGAUAGAUCUCGUGAUCGUGAUAGAGACAGAUUUUAUGAACCUAGAGGCUUUGAUCAAGAAAUUGACUAUCCCAUGGAUCAAGAUCAUGGGGAUGAGCGGCGCAGAGACUAUGAUCGUGCGGCAGAAAUGCAAAAUGUUGAUUCGGAUAAUGAUAGAGAAAAGGAAAACUCUAAAGACUAUGAUAGUGAAAGAGAGAAAGAAAAGGAACCGCGGUCAAGAAAAAAGUUCAGCCGUCCAAAAGAUCAUGAUAGCAGGGAUCUAUCAGUUUCCAGUGAUGAUCUUCACAGUGAUGCAAAACGUCAGUUGAACAAAGCAAUUCAAAUGCGUGAGGACCUUGAAAAUGAGGUUAGUCAGAUCAAAGAUAAAGUUGCAGCAAAGGAGCAGCACAUUGCAGAUUUGCUAAAGAGAUCGCAGAAGUUAGAGGAUGAAUUGUCUGCUGCACGGAAAGUUUCUGCAGAACGACAAGUGGUUGUUACAAAGCUGUACAAAUGUUUUCUGCAACUUCAAGACUACAAUGACAGGGUCAAGAUGUCUGAAAAGGAGCUCCAGUCACUUGUUGAUGAUGCAAUGGCUGAGGUUGACAUUGGUGAAGAUGCUACAACCAAAGAUGGCUCAAUGUAUGAGAACGGGGUGGCAUGAACAUAUCUGCACAUCACAAAACUGGUAUUGUUAGUUUAUCAUGGUGCUAACUUCCUAGAAGUAAAAUCUACCAUGAAAAACUGUAACAUGUGAAGGCUAGGAAACCAUGUAUUGCUCUGCUGAUUUUUUAGUGUGGUGGGAACUGUCAGUUUAGAUUAUUAGUCUGAGGAAUUCUUGCCUGACUUUGUCAAGUGAUGAUAAUAUGCGUCUUUUCCGUACCAUCCCAACUCGAGCAGCUAUCGAAGCUUGACUCUGAAAUUUGUCCAGAACCUCUUGUUUUCUAGAGGUAUCUCUCCAUGAGCCGCUGGUUUUGGAAUGAAUUUCAUGUUAUCA